AUGAGUGGUUCAGGAAAGGGUCUCUUGGGACUUUGGCUCUAUAGGAAUGGGUCGGAAUGGGAAGUUAAAAAUGAAGCCCAUCAUCACCCCAAACUUGCUGAUCUUAACAUGGCGGCUCGACAGCAGACCCAGCCAUCAGAGAGCGAGAGGAUUUCAGUGAUAUUUACGUUGAGGAAUCAAGUCGGUGGACUGGUCAAAGCUCUGACUGUGUUCCAAGACCUUGGCAUCAAUGUCCUCCAUAUAGAGUCCCGUAAAUCUGUAACUGAAGUUUCUUCUUCUGACAUUUUGGUGGAUGUUGAGUGUGAUCCUCAUCGUAUGGAGCAAUUGAAGAGGAUGCUCAAACGAGAAGUUCAAGACUUCGAAGUGGUGUCAUCUCAAACUGGUGAAGAGUUUCCACCCCCGACUCCGUUAUCUGCUGCAGCUAGCUUCGAUUUUGGGGAGAUGCAUUGGUUUCCUCGUAAAAUAUCUGACCUGGACCGAGCCCAAAACGUGUUGAUGUAUGGCUCCGAGCUUGAUGCCGACCACCCCGGCUUCAAAGAUCCAGUUUACCGCAAGCGACGAGAACAAUUUGCAGCCAUUGCCAACAACUACAAGUAUGGUCAACCCAUUCCCAAAGUACAAUAUACGGACGUUGAAAUAAAGACAUGGGGCAUCGUGUUCCGUGAACUUCACAAACUUUACCAGAAGCACGCAUGUGAGGAGUAUCUCGAGAACUGGCCCCAACUCGUCAAGUAUUGUGGCUAUCGGGAAGAUAAUUUGCCUCAGUUGGAGGACGUGAGCGCUUUCCUCAAACGUAAAACUGGAUUCCAACUGCGGCCCGUUGCGGGUUACCUUUCACCUAGGGACUUUUUAUCGGGUUUGGCGUUCAGGGUGUUCCACUGCACACAGUAUAUUCGUCACUCGUCGGAUCCAUUUUAUACCCCUGAACCUGACUGCUGCCACGAGCUAUUAGGACAUAUGCCUUUGCUUGCCAACCCUAGCUUUGCGCAAUUUUCACAAGAACUGGGGCUCGCAUCCCUCGGCGCUUCCGACGAAGACAUCGACAAAUUGGCGACGCUUUACUUCUUUACGGUCGAGUUUGGUUUGUGUCGGCAAACUGACGGAACCUUCAGAGUGUAUGGAGCUGGUCUGCUGUCCUCUGUGGCCGAACUCCAACAUGCUCUGGUUACUCCUGAGAAAAUCAAACGCUUUGAUCCUGAAGUGACAGUCAACGAGGAAUGUAUUAUUACGUCUUAUCAAAAUGCGUAUUACUACACUGACUCAUUUGAAGAGGCGAAGGAAAAAAUGAGAGCUUUUGCCGACAGCAUACAACGACCCUUCGGUGUGCGGUACAAUCCAUACACUCAAAGUGUGGAAGUGCUAAGUAACGCCCAGAAGAUUACUGCCUUGGUUAGAGAGUUGCGGGGCGACAUUUGCAUCGUAUCUUCAGCGAUUAAGAAAAUUUCUGCUCAGGACUCCACGCUAGAUGUUGAAACAAUUGCUAACAUGCUCCACACGGGGCUCCAGGUCCAGGAGCGGAGUCCUCAGAGCACGUCAGGCGGAAGCACGCCAACCUCAGAACGCGGCGCCUCUCCGCGACAUGAGUCAAAGAAACCCGAACAGUCUGACGUUUGA